UGUGAUGGGCUGUGAAGCUGUGAGUCCAGGGCUGAUUUUUUAGUCCAGUCUAUCCUGGUAAUAAUAAUCUGGUAUUUGUGCAUGAGGUAAAGAUACUCUCAACACAAAACACUAACUAUUGAAUGAUGUUCUUUAUUGUCUCAGCCUUUAUUUUACACCCAGAGGCAAGUCAAAGCCCAAUGGGAGAGAGAAACAUAAUCAUAGCAAUAUAUGGGUGUUCCCUAUUGUGCUGGUUUAGUAUGUCUCUGGUGCUGAGAUGGAUCAUUAUGCUUUUUACCAGGAAGAACAAAGUGUUGUAACUUGGGCAGAAGAGUCCAUAGAGAAGCGAAGUCACACACCUUCCGAAGCCUGAAAGAGACCUACUUGCUCUGUAUCCUAAUGUCUGCCUUAUAGGAGAACCAGCCAUCAGUCGGAUAUGUUGAAUCUGCUGCUGUACCUUCUGUGCCUGUAUACUGUGUUCAGGUACACAACUGCAGCUGCAGAUCUCAAUGACUGUGCUGCUGCAGGGACCAUAUGCCACACCAACGCAGAUUGCUUUAAAACACGUGAUGAAAAAUUUGUCUGCAUGUGCCAAAUGGGGUACAGGGGCAAUGGAGUGCAGUGCCAGGACAUUGAUGAGUGUAUUACUGGUCUACACAGCUGCCAUGGAAAAGCAAUCUGCAGUAACACUCUAGGCAGUUAUACUUGUUCAUGUCAAAAUGGCUAUUUUGGUGAUGGCUUCCAAUGCCAAGAUAUCAACGAGUGUCAAACUAAUAAUGGUGGCUGCCAUGUUAAUGCGCUUUGCACCAACAGAGAUGGAGGAAGAGAUUGCAGUUGUAAGUCUGGUUUCAGUGGAAAUGGAUUUCAGUGCACAGAUGAUAAUGAGUGCGCAAGACCAGGAAUCUGCCACUGGAAUGCCACUUGCACCAACAACCCUGGAUCCUACGUGUGCACAUGCAAUGCUGGCUACAAAGGCAAUGGAAAUUAUCUCUGCCUAGAUAUUGAUGAGUGUUCAGAGACUCCUGGUGUGUGCUCUGCUUUCUUUGGAUACAAAGGUUGCAAGAACCUGCCAGGAUCCUACACCUGCCUCUGCAACUUGGGCUACCAAAGCAAUGGACAGACAUGUGAGGACAUCAAUGAAUGUGAAAUCAACAUCUGUAGCUCAUUUGCUGAUUGUAAAAACUUGCCAGGCACAUAUCGUUGUACCUGUCCUGAAGGAUUUGUAGGAAAUGGCUUGGCAUGCGUGGACAUUAAUGAGUGUGAUAGAAAGAACAACUGUGACCCCAAUGCAAUAUGUACCAAUUUGCUGGGAAGCUACCAAUGUUCCUGUCGCUCUGGCUUUCUGGGUACGGGUACAAAAUGUACUGACAUUAACGAAUGUGCCACCAGUAACAUUUGCCCAAGUAAUGCUGCGUGUGUCAACACAGCAGGUUCAUUCUUCUGUGACUGUGGUCAAGGCUACAACUUUAGUCGAAACCAGUGUCUGGAUGUGGAUGAAUGUGCCAUAAGACAUUGCAGUCCUUACUCCUCUUGUGAAAACUUACCUGGUUCAUUCAUCUGCUCAUGUAUAGCUGGUUUUGAGGGUGAUGGAUUAGUAUGCAAUGACAUGGAUGAGUGUGCCAUAGAAAAGCGGUGCCAUGUUAAUGCACUCUGUAUUAAUGUACCAGGAAAAUUCAACUGCAGCUGUAUGGUGGGAUAUACAGGGGAUGGGGUGUUGCAAUGCUCAGAUGUGAAUGAGUGUCUUGUUGAUAAUGGUGGCUGCAGAAACAGAUCAACAUGUGUCAACAGUAAGGGGUCUUUCUCUUGCAUUUGCCCCUCGGGCUUUCAGCUAGUCAAUCAUACCAUCUGCCAGGACAUAGAUGAAUGUCAGCUACCUGAAAAGGCUUGUGGCACCAAUGAGCAGUGCUCAAACAUGGAAGGGUCAUAUGCAUGCCAGUGUAAAGAAGGCUUCACUCGGGCCAGUGAUGAUUUAGACUGCUCUGAUAUUGAUGAAUGUGAAAACCAGAAACCUUGUCACCAGAAUGGCACAUGCUUGAAUUUAGCAGGCUCCUUCUCAUGUACCUGCAAACAUGGCUUCUCAGGAAAUGGUGUAACAUGUGAGGAUAUAAAUGAAUGUGCAAUUGAGGGUAUGUGCCAUCUACAAGCCAAUUGCUAUAAUUAUCCUGGAGAAUUUAUGUGUAUAUGCCACCAGGGCUUUAAUGGAGAUGGUUUCACCUGUACAGACGUGGAUGAAUGUGUCCUUUCAAAUUUUACUUGCCCAGACAUCUCUGUAUGUGUCAAUUCCCCUGGAGCAUAUGUCUGCUCUUGUCUGAAUGGCACAGUAGCAUACAACAACUCCUGUGUCCUCCCUAGUCGUGAAUGUGAUCCUGCCUGCCAUCCACAUGGACUUUGUCAUCCUUCACCUUCAGGGUAUCAGUGUGUGUGUGAUGUGGGAUUCAAAGGGGAUGGACUCAUUUGCUCGGACAUCGAUGAAUGUGAAGAAAAUGUGUGCCCAAAGAAAGAGACACAGUGUGUCAAUAACCCAGGAUCCUUUGACUGCAUAUGCAAAGUGGGCUACCGUCUUAAUGGAACAGAAUGCAUAGAUGUGGAUGAAUGUGAAUCUGGAGUCAAUAGCUGCAGCAAGUUUGCGCAGUGUGUCAACACCAUUGGGAGUCACCUAUGCUUAUGUCUCAAUGGCUUCACUGGGGAUGGAAAAAACUGCUCUGACAUUAAUGAGUGCCAAUCCCAACAUGGAGGAUGCCAUCCAGCUGCCAGCUGCACUAACUCCCCUGGUUCCUACAAGUGUACCUGUCCCUUUGGCAUGACCGGGUCUGGGUUUGAUUGCCAAGAUGUGGACGAGUGUAAUGAAAACUCAACUUUGCCUCAUAACUGCAGCCUUCUCGCCAUGUGCAACAACACAGAGGGCUCCUACAUUUGCAAGUGCAUGGAGGGAUAUCUGGGAGAUGGGUUUACUUGUGAGGAUGUGGAUGAGUGCUUGUCACCUUCAGUCUGCAGGAACAACAUGACCUGCCAAAACUUUCCUGGAACAUAUACCUGCACAUGCACCGUUGGUCUGGUCUAUGAUCUGGGUACCUGCGUGAAUGAGAAAGACUGUAAGAAUGUAACCAAUGCAUGCAACACCCAUGCUGAGUGCAAACACAUCUGUGGGUCAAACUAUUGCUCCUGCAUUGAAGGGUUCAGUGGAAAUGGUAGAGACUGCCAGGAUAUAGAUGAAUGUUCACAAUCAGGAGCUUGCCCAAAGUUGUCCACCUGUUUCAACACAGAAGGAUCCUAUCAUUGUGACUGCUGGGAAGGUUACCAGUACAAUGGGACACACUGUGAAGACAUAAAUGAGUGCAGUGUAGGAAACUUUAUUUGUCCAGACAACAGCACAUGCUACAAUGAAGAGGGAGGGUAUAAUUGUCCAUGUAACAAUGGUUUCCUCUACUUUAACAACUCUAUCUGUUUGGAUGUUGAUGAAUGUGCCACAGGGAAAGCACAGUGCCCAAAUGCCUCCUACUGCCAAAACACAGUGGGAUGGUAUUUUUGUGAAUGCUGGGAUGGGUAUACAGGUAAUCAGACAGUCUGUGAGGAUGUUGAUGAAUGCCUGAACAAUUCCGCAUGUUCAGACCACAGUAUCUGCAUCAAUACUGAAGGUUCGUUUCUGUGCCUUUGUGAAGAUGGAUUCUCCUCCAAUGGUACCAGUAGUACCCAGUGUGAGGACAUAGAUGAGUGCUCGCACCCAGAGUUUGGGCCACUCUGCACUAAUGGGACUUGCAUUAACAUAAUUGGCUCAUUCCUCUGCGUUUGUGACAUGGGAUUCUGGAGCAAUGACACUAGGUGUCUUGACAUAGAUGAGUGUUCAGGAUCAAACAAUGAAUCCAUAUGUCAACCUCACUCUACAUGUGUCAACAUCCCUGGGUCUUAUAAAUGUGACUGCAACUUGGGUUUCCUUCUAAACAGAACAGAGUGUCAAGACAUUGAUGAAUGUCUGGCAGAUGAAAGUCCCUGCACUGUCAACGCUGUAUGUGUAAACUCAGCAGGGUCUUUCCAGUGUCCAUGCGCAUCUGGUUUUGAGGCUCAGGGUCCAAAGUGUAUAGAUAUCAAUGAAUGCCUUUUGAACAGAACUUGUCGUCCUGAUCAGGUGUGCAUCAAUAAACCUGGAUCAUACCAGUGCUCCUGUCCACAGGGACAUCAUGAGGAAAAUGGUACCUGCAUAGACAACAAUGAAUGUGCAAAUAAAACAACCUGCCACCCCUUGGCAAGAUGCUGGAACACAGUGGGGUCUUUCACAUGCCAGUGUCGCUUAGGUUACGCUGGGAAUGGGACAUACUGUAAAGACAUUGAUGAGUGUUCCACAUCGUCCUUACGUUGCCACAAGUCAAGCCAAUGCAUCAAUACCCCUGGGUCAUAUAUAUGUGUAUGUGCACCAGGUCUUAUUGCAUUAGGGUCUCUUUGUGUGGAUCUAGAUGAAUGUCAGUCCAGUAGGGGUGGAUGCCAUCCUGCUGCCUCAUGCUACAACUCUGUAGGUGGGUUUCAGUGCAAGUGUGGCAACGGAUGGGAUGCCUCAGUCGGAAAUGGGCAUGGAUUAGGUGGAUGCAUAGACCGGAAUGAAUGUCUUUCACCUGACGUAUGUUAUAGCAACAGAACAUGCACCAAUUUUAUAGGAUCUUACAGCUGUGCCUGCUCUACUGGAGAUACUGACUGCCCACAGCUGCCACAAAUGGAAACUGACCUGUAUCCAUUUGGAGAGGAAGUAGGUGAUGCUGUGUUACCAAUUACAGUGGCAGAUGGAAAUUCUCCAUACAUCUCUCCUCCUGCAGGCUUUCCAUUCAUGGGAAAACUAUAUGAGCGGCUGUUUUUUUCAGAUAACGGCUUGGUGCAGUUCCAGUCGGUCAGUGAGAAUGAGAAACUGUUGCUCCCUGCUCCAAUCCCAGGUGGAUUCCAUGGUAAUGAGGGUCUUCCCAUGUUGGCAGUGUUUUGGGAUGAUGCUGACCUUACCCUCGGAGAUGGAAAACUGCUAUACCAGGAAUACAGUCUGCUCAAUAUAUCUGACAUCUACACUGAGACAGUAUUUAACCGAACAGCACAAGAUGUUAGCAGAUUUGAGACUCAAAGGGGCAACCCUGCCUUUACUCCAUCCUGGAUAGUGAAAAUCACAUGGGAUCACGUUUUGCCUGUGUCCUAUCAAAAGAUCAACUUGUCUGAGACCAACACAUUCCAGUGCAUUCUGACCACAGAUGGACUACGUUCAUUUGCUCUGCUCCGCUACAGUGACAUGAACUGGGGUCCAGGACAGAGGACCGAUCAUAACGCUCUUAUAGGCUACACUGAUGGCAAGAAUAACUUCCAUAAUGAGAUUCCAAAGCCACCGAACAACCUGUUUGGCCCAGGAGGGCGCUAUCGUCCCCAGACUGUCACUGGUAACACAGGCAAACUGGGGCAGCUGGUGUAUGACCUGACAGGAUCUAAUGAAAUCAGCUCGGAUCCUCAGAGGCAAUGCCAGCUAUGGGCCUUCAAUGAGCCGGAUCCUAAAGAAUGGGCAUUAGGAGUGGCAUCAUGUCCAUGUACCCGUAUUCAGGCACAGGAGGACUUGGCCUUUGGCCCUGAGACUCUACCAUCAGAACAGAUGGCACAUGUGAGGGAUCUGAGAGCUCUUAGAUGGGGUGGCAGCAGGGGCCGUGUCUUUCAGUCCAUCCUCUUUAACAAACAAAAGGCAGGAAAGAGAUGUGUGUAUGAUCCAGAGGGCCCCCUUCUGACUGGAUACAGCGAACGGUUCUUUACUGAGGACAAGACACAACAACACAUAGACAAGGAUUUAUUACCCUUCCAGUGGUGCUGUGUUCAAUCCCCUCUGUGUAAUGUCUACUUGGCAAAGAGACCACUAGAUCGGUGUCAAGGGUAUAGCUGGGACAGCUCUGACAUCAGUAUACCUGGGAACAGGGGAGCACCAGGCAUUGGCAUGGUAUAUGGUAGUCUUCACUUUAUCACCUUUGACGGAAGUGAGUAUACCUUCAAAGCCAUGGGGGAGUACGUUAUAGUUCGUCUUUCCACCAGCACAGGAUCAAACAUCUUCACCCUGCAGGGACAAACAGCUGCUCUAGUGGUCAACGGGCAGCCCAAACUUGUGCCUGCAUUGAUACGAUUAGCUUCCUUCUAUCAGGGUGCUGGAAAGGUGGAGUGGCGAUGUGCUGAAUCUGGAGAUGGUCUUAAGGUCUUGGUUAAUGAUGUGGUCAUUCCUGUGUCUGUUGGAGUGGUGCAUGUAGAGGAGAAAGGCUUUGCAGUGCGCUGUACCUCUAUGAGUCGCUGUGCAGUGGUGUAUGCCGAGGGCCUGUACGUGGUCGUGUGGAGAGGCGAUGCAGGAAGGCUGACCGCUCUGGUGGAGGUUCCUCAGAGGUUCUACAACCGUACACUGGGUUUGCUAGGUCACUGGAACACCAACAGGACAGAUGACUUCCUGCUUUCCAAUGGCCGUCUGGUGCCUCUUCUAAAUAACAACAUCCCCUCUGAACAGAGUUUGCUUCCCUUUGGACAGUCAUGGGCUGUUCCUGCUCCAGAAAGUCUUCUGUUCUCAGAGCCUCCUAGUGCUCCAUUCAGUCCUGUCACGACAGAGCAACUGAUGUCCUCAGUGAGCCCAGAUGUGUUGGCCAAACACAUUCAGACCUGCCAGAACAGCAUGCAGUGUGUACAUGACAUGCUAGCCACAGGAAACCCAAACCUCGGCCAGGAUGUUCUGAAAGACCAGCAGCAACUUCAGAACCGAAUGCAAAUUUACGGUAACUUGCCACCCAUUGUGACAGAGCCGACUGUUAUCAUGUGUAAGGUCAAUAGUACAGUUAGAGUUCAGUUCAAAGCCCAGGAUCCAAACAAAGACCAAAUCACCUUCUCCCUGGCCUUUGCACGCUCCCCACGGGUCACCAUCGGCAGCAGUGAUGGUAUCCUCGUGUGGUCUCCUUCCAGUAUUCAGCCAGUGAAUCUGACCAUUCAAGUGAGUGAUCAAACAUCCAGCUCUUUGAUCACCCCUGUUCUGCAGCUCUGUAACUGUAUGAAUGGAGGAAGCUGCCAAUACAACAGCGUGGCUGAGAACCUUCUCCUAGGAAAGUUUCAGGUUGUUGGAUGUCUUUGUCCACCGGGUUUCAGUGGCAAGUACUGUGAUAACAGAACAGAUGUGUGUAAAGGCAAACCCUGUUUUCCCGGUGUGGAAUGCAUCAGACAAAAAGAAGCAGACCUCUUCACAUGUGGACAGUGCCCUGCUCCGACUGUAUACAAGGACAAACAAGGAUACAAGUGCUUUGAAAAUGACUUCUGCCUUCCUCCAUUCCCCUUCCCCUGCCAUGAGAUGGCAGACUGCACUAGCACUGGCUACAACUAUACCUGUAAAUGUAAGCGUGGCUACGCUGGCAAUGGAAAAGAGUGCACAGAUAUUAAUGAGUGUCUGGACCCCUCGGCCUGUCCCAAUGCUAAGUUUGAAUGUAUGAACUUGCCAGGAACAGUGCGGUGCUCAUGCCGUUAUCAGAAGACCAGAGAUACUGAUGGAUGUGGUGAAUCUGCUAAUCCUACAGGGUGGAAUGUUUUUAAUGUGUCCAUGGGCUGGGGAAAUCAGGAGUCUGGACAGGGACUGAGUCAGCUGGAGAAGAUCCUGUCACUGGGUUUCCAGAACAAGUUCUACAAUGCCAGUGCUAUAGCUCCUGAUUCAGCAUCAGCAGACGGGAUGAAUGAGUACAGGAUCAAUGUGUCCAGCGACACACCGCAUUGGUAUGUCAUGGACUACCUUACCAGAGUCAGUCAGUACUACGGCAUCCGUUCAGCCUAUGUGGAGGACCUUGAUGAAUGCAAGACAAAUGAGGCUCCAUGUUCAAAAACAGCCCAGUGUGUAAACACCUACGGUGGCUACAGGUGUGUGUGCAAUGGUACUGAUCUAAAGAAGGAAUCACAGUCAUGCAUUUUAGACUGGAACAGUGUUAACCGCACAGACCAGUCCGGCGCUAAGACUAUGGAGGAUAAGAAGUCAUUAAUUUUGGGGCUGGUCCUGGGCAUCGGUAUCCCCCUCCUGCUGCUGCUGUUGUUGGCGGCUCUUGCCUGCUUCUGCUGCUGCUCACGAAAGAAAACCAUCACUGGGGAUAUUCCUCACCUGCUGCCCGAGUACAUUCAGGAGCAGUUCAACCCACCAUUCAACUUUGACGAUCCUUCCCUGCAAUAUAUCACCCAUUGCAGCCCACGUAUCCUUGACAACCUCACACCACAUCAGAAGCGCCGGUAUCGAUAACACGGGCCCAGUACUCUUGUAUUGUCUGGUUCAUCCGGCAUCGGUGCAGAUGCAGUACAUUUGUAUUUAAAGGAAAUGAUAUUAUUUAUACUGAAAAAAGAGACUGCUGACUUUUAAAGUCCUGUGUGAGAGUGAAAGAGUGCCAAACACAUGCAGAAGAAACUUGGAGUGAUCUGUGAGCAACAAGCUCUGCUGAAUUAUUACCUCAGUUGAAGAUACUAAUUCAAAAAAAUAAUAUAUCCAAAGUUCUUACCAAAAUUAUCAACUGACACACAUUAGUUGCACUUAUGUAGAAGCUACGGUUUAAAGAUAUUCAAAUAAGAGGAUAAACAUCUGAACACCAGUGGCAGGUAUUGCUGGAAAUACAGAUACAUUUAGAGAAAAAAUUCAGACCAUUCAGAUUUUUAAAAGGUCUGGAUGCAUUAUAGUAAUAAGAAUUGUGGUAAAAUGUGUUCUAAUGCCAAAUGUCAAAUGGCUAAUAUUUUUUUUUCUCUUUAUUUUGGGGAUUAAAUAUGACAUUUUUUUAUUUGAUUCUUUUGCAGAAUGUGAAAUAAUGUUCAGUAAUAUCUUGCAUAUAAGUGAAAGAUCUUAUAUGUUUUUCUGGUCAAAAUUUGCUUGUUGAGAGCAAAGCAACUUAAUGUAUGCAUGUCAUGUAUAAGUAAACAUAUGGCAUCAUCAAACCCACUCAAAUAUUGUAAAAUACUUUGUAUUGGUUAUAUUUGUAUGUCCACUAGCUUUUCCUUAAAUAAAAUAAAAAAUAACA